CGCUUGCCUCUUUUGGCCCCGGCGACUCGCCAUCGUACGCGCGGAGGCAUUCGCAAGUUGAUAUGAUGGCGACUGGGACCCCGGAUUCGCAAGCACGAUUUGGUCAGUCAGUCAAGGGGCUUCUCACCGAGAAGGUGAACACCUGUGGUACCGACGUGAUCGCGCUCACCAAGCAAGUGCUGAAGGGGUCCCGCAGCUCCGAGCUGCUAGGUCAGGCAGCUCGAAACAUGGUACUACAGGAAGAUGCCAUCUUGCACUCCGAAGAUAGUUUAAGGAAAAUGGCAAUAAUAACAACCCACCUUCAGUACCAGCAAGAAGCUAUUCAGAAAAAUGUUGAACAGUCAUCAGAUCUACAGGACCAGUUGAAUCAUCUGUUAAAAUAGAAUGUCAUAAAGAGGGGAACAGCACUUCUUUGCCUGAUGUUGAGGAUUAUCUUAUACAACUGUUGGGCUGUGGGUUUGAUUUUCCAUUUCAUCUCCAAGUUGUAUUAGAAAAAAUUUCGUGUUGAUGUAUGGUUUCUCCUGAAAAGAAGCUAGGUGGCAGAAAACUUCUAUUGUGAACCAUGAGAAUAAUUAAUAUUUUUUUUAGAUCAUUUAGGAUACAUUUUCAUUUAAUAAAUAUUGAUGGGUAAUGGGUAAUGAUAGGUAAAACCUAUUAUUUUCUUUUUUAAUAACUUGGAGGAGAUACUUAUUUUAUUGUAGCAAAUUCCUAAAUGAAAAUUAGGCAGAUGGUAAUCAUAUCUGGCCAGCUGUAGCCUCUUUCCUUGACCUGCAUUCCUAGGGUUGCUUUGUUGUUGUGAAUCUUGAUUAAAUGACCUUGGUUCAUUUUGUAA